AAACAAACAAUUCUUCUAGCAAAUUAGCUUAGAACUAAGUUUGAAACCUUAAAAUAUAGAAAUACCCUAUUAUAGAAAAUGUUAUUCCUUCAGCAAUUGGCCACGAAAAGAGCACUUGCCAUCUCACCAUUGAAAUAUUCAUACUCAUCAUUUGUCAAGCCCCAAUUAACAGCAAUUGUAAGAUGUGCCAAGUUUUCCCAAAAGUCUACCGUGUCUAAUAUAACAAGAAGGUCAGCUUCCACAGUCUCACCUUUGAGAUUGUUAUUUAGUACAAGUGCUACAUUGUUGACUGCUUCGCUUGUAUCUUCUUAUUCCUCAAGUUUGAUCUAUAACGACGCGAUUGCAAUUCCAGAAACCAGGAUCCAAAUCCCGACUCCAGAUACCCAAUAUCACAAAUCCAGAUUCAAUAACAAGUUAAACUAUGAGGAAUUGACAAUCGGAUCAGUUACUGGAAUGUUCUUGGGUAUAAUUAUUGGUAAACUCUCCUCGGUAUUUUUAUUUGUUACCUUGGCGAGUUAUUUCCUUGUAGAGUUUUUAGAAUCAAGAAACAUCAUAAACAUUCCUUGGAACUAUAUCAUCACCGUUGGAAGGGAAAAGAUCGAUGUCAAGAAGUUGGUAUUGGAAAAGCCAAGUUUUAAGUUCUCCUUUGUAUUGGCUUUCAUUAUUGCUGCUUACAAUGUUUAAGUGCGGCAUAUUUUUUUCGCAGCUAAUUCAAUUUAUAUGACUUUAAAAACUAAUAUAGAUAUUUUACUAUU